UGAGCUUCAAGAUAUAAAGCAACUUCAGGUUCCCCCUCUAAAGACAAGACAAAUCAAAAGCUCGAAGGGAAAGCAGCUCCCUGAGCUCUGAACGUCUCUCCCUUCCUCCUUCCCUCCCAUCCACUCCCCCUCCCCUGCUCACAGUCUGGCCUCUGUCUAGGGAAGAGGCUAUCCGGCAGCCUUAUAUGAUUAUGGAUUUUCUGAGCGAGAAGUUUGCCCUGAAGAGCCAGCCGAGCAAGAACAGUGACUUUUACAUGGGAGCAGGAGGCACUUUGGAGCACGUUAUGGAAACUUUGGACAAUGAGUCCUUUUAUAGCAAAACGUCAGGCAGCAAAUGCGUGCAGGCCUUCAACCCUCUGCAAAGGGCUGAGCAUCAUGUGAGGCUGGACAGGACAUCGCCCUGCCAGGACAACAACGUGAACUAUGGGAUUACUAAAGUGGAAGGACAGCCUCUUCACACAGACCUGAACAGGCCCUUGGACAGCUGUAACAACCUGAGGAUGUCUCCUGUGAAGGGGAUGCAGGAGAAGGGGGAACUGGACGAACUGGGCGAUAAGUGUGACAGCAAUGUCUCCAGCAGUAAAAAGAGGAGACACAGAACAACUUUCACCAGUUUGCAGCUGGAGGAACUGGAGAAAGUCUUCCAGAAAACGCAUUACCCUGAUGUUUAUGUGAGGGAGCAGCUAGCUCUGAGGACAGAGCUCACUGAGGCCAGAGUCCAGGUUUGGUUCCAGAAUAGGAGAGCAAAAUGGAGGAAAAGAGAACGCUAUGGGCAGAUCCAGCAAGCUAAGAGCCAUUUUGCUGCCACUUAUGAUAUAUCUGUUCUUCCAAGGACUGACAGCUAUCCUCAGAUUCAGAACAAUCUGUGGGCGGGGAACACGGCUAGUGGUUCUGUGGUUACUUCCUGCAUGAUACCACGAGAUACUUCCUCCUGUAUGACACCUUAUUCCCAUUCACCCCGGACAGAUUCUGGCUACACAGGCUUUUCAAACCACCAGAAUCAGUUCAGCCAUGUGCCCCUCAAUAAUUUUUUCACUGACUCUUUACUUACUGGGGCAACCAAUGGACAUGCUUUUGAAACCAAGCCGGAAUUUGAAAGGAGAUCUUCCAGCAUUGCAGUUCUACGGAUGAAAGCCAAAGAGCAUGCUGCCAAUAUUUCCUGGGCUAUGUAAUAUAGCUGUACCCUUUCUUCAUAUCCUUUUUUAAAUAGUAAACUGAAAGCAUUUUUAUUUUCCAUAUUUAAAGGAUACAACAAUAAGCCGCUGUGUGUGGAAUGCUAAAGAUCACAAUAUACGUGACAUCUGCUUACAGAAAUGCAAUAUCAUAUUUAACAAUAAAACUUAAGAGUAAACCAUAUAGAUUUACCAUGCAUCAAGUUCAACAAGCCCUCUUUGUUUUGGUUUUCAUAUAGAAACAUGUUUUGUUGUACAAGUUGAUGAAAAAUGGUUAUAGAACCUGCAAAAAAGAAUAAACCAAUUAAGCAAAUAUGUCUACGCCACUGGUUCUUAGUAAUUUUGUACACAAAAUUAAUGUUUUUCAAAUUAAUACUUCAUAAUGGAAGAACUAUGUAAAGGAAAAUACAUUUCAAAUAUUAGAACCAUGAUGUAAAUCUCUAAGAACAUAAUGCAGAGAAGGAAAUAUAUCAUCACUUAUGUUGUAGGUGGAAUUUGUAGACCUAAAUUUCUCAGUACUGUGCUGCGGUUCUGAGCCAGCUUGCUGCUUUUCUAAAUGUAUGUAGAGCUCACUGGAGUUGUAGCAAUGCACAACUAACAUAACGAGAAUAGAGGGUAGUCAUUCAUUUUAUGAAUUUGAGUGUAUUCCUAUUACAGAUUAUGAGAUUUUUAAUAAAGGUAUCACUAAAAGCAGAAUCAGUGUUUAACAGAGUUUCAAAUAAGUGCACAGAUUGUGUAAACUGACAAGAGUUUAAAUGAAAUAUUUCAGGUUUCAGAUAGAAUGUCUUGAAACUUUCAAAACAGCAACAGCAAAAUCCCACUUCUGCUCCAUUCUUAUUGUAUUUGCUAUGCUGUGGUCAAAUUGAAAAGGAAAAAGUCCAACAAGUCUUUCCAAUUUCAGUCCAUGGCUGACCUCAAGAUGUUAUAACAGUACAUUUCAUUUAGUUUUACAGUUUGUUGAUAUGUUGCUUAUUUAUUUAUUUUUUUUCAGAGUGUAAGACUUUUUUUCUCCUUUAAAGUCCAUAGGAAAAAUCUUUUCGACUGCAGUGGCAACAGGAUUUGGCUCUCAGCUCCCAGCCUAUCACAAAGGAAUUAAAAUGUCAGCAGACUUUCUGACAUUUCUGGUGGAAAAAAAAAUAGAGGAGAAGAAAAAUACUUUACAUCUGGAGAACUGCUAUCUACUUUGAUUUACUUCUCCUCCCUUUCCCCUGUCACAUUCCAGGCUCCUUCAGAUGAGUGAAAUGUCAGCCUCUUUGAAAGCAACAGUCAGUCUCUCAGGUUCAUAAAGGCAAAGUAAAUUAAUUGAAAUAAAGUAGGACUCACACGGCUGUGAUUAAACAGGAUACAGGUCUCUGAGUAGCCCCCUGCUCCUUCUUGCUUUUCUCUCUGGACAUUAGUUAGAAAAAGAGCAUGGUGAGGGGAGAAGGGAAGAUCAGGGGAGCACAUUUUGUCGCAGCAAGAGCAAAACUACCAGUACUCGUUAAAACACACUCUCAGAAACUCCCAGCUUGUCUCUGCUCCUACUCAUGAGGCAUAACUUGAAAACAAAAAUAGGAGAUGGGUCUAUUCUGUAAUCUUUCAGUGGAAUAAUUAGACUUAAAUUUGAAACCAUUAGGAUCAGUUGUAAAUGGGUAUUUUACAGCAAAUUCUUAGAAAAACUAUUGAAAGAGACAUACAUAUGCUUGAAUUCGUGGUUUCCUGAUUCUACUCUUCUUCUGAAAAUGAACUUCAACUUUGGGCUGAGUAACUGUGAAAGAGUAUUCUGGCUAGAACUUAUCAUUUCCUUUUUUUAUGAUCUGCUUAUACAGAAGUAAAAUUAUUCUAAUGACUUAAAUAAAAAAGAAUUUUAUUAGCACAUGUAAAGAUGCUAGUUUUAUAUAGACACUUAUGCCAGAUACACAAGUAGUGGAAAUGCAAGUUUUUCCAUUUUUUUUUCUUCUUUAGUUUCCUCAUAAUCCUUUUUUAAGGUACAAUAUAUAGAACACGUCAAACUGGUUUUCAGAUAAUCUUUACUAGGUUAUGAUUACUGGACUAAGAAGCAAAAGCUGGCAAAAUUAGCCAUUGUUUUCCUUGUUGUCUGUCUUUUAGUUUUAUUCAUUUAUUUUGAAAGCAGAAUUUGUAAUUAUUUUCUUGUGGAGUCCAGCAAGUUCAUUUUUACAGGGUAUUUUAUGUAAAGAAUAAAAUUAAACAAUUUCUAGGAAUUUAUUACAGUGACAGACUGUUUGGGGAAAAUAAACGUUUUUCAAAACAUUAGAGCAUUUUUAGAUGCUUGAAACUUCCAAAAUUGAAGGGAAAAAUAAAAUACUAUGUCAUCUUCCAGCUGAUUUUAAUUAAAUGAAAGGGAUACAGUUCUAAUUAAAUUUUCUUCCUCAGUUUAAGCAUUGGAAAUUAUUUGUUACAUGUUGCUAGCAUAACUAUGCAUUCGGCAAACAGGUAUUAAACCCUUCAUUAAACCUGAGGUGUGAUAAGUUGCAGACCUGCAUUAAGCUUGUCAUGCUCUUGAAUCAGCCUUGUCUUAAAGAAUGAAUGAUAGUCUGUUGGCUGCAGCAUUUCAUUUAGCUAAUGAAAAAGCAUCUUCAUGUUAGAUGUCAAGUACUACAACAGGGUCACAUUCUGCCACUUUUAUUUAGUACUGCUUUACUCCAUGUGUAGAUGCAUUGACGUGAGCAAGACUACUCACAUAGACCAAAUUGUGAAUCACUUGUAGAAGUUUAUUCACAAUGGCCCUAUUCAUGCAAAGAGUUGCUCACCAUGAGUAAUCGUUUCAUAAUCAGGCCCAGCUUAAGGUACUAUUUAACUCUGGUAAGGAUGGCAGAAUCUGGCCCACACUGGCUUAAGGCCAGACUCAGACUUUUUAACCAAGAUGAGUAGCUCCUUAUUCCAUAAGCAGUGCAAAUAAAGCCGAAGGGUCUAUUUGUAGGGUUUUCUUUUUAUUAAAAAAUCUUGAGAAGAGGCAUUUCUGUGUAUGCAAAUAAUUAGAAUAAAUUUCUAUUCAAUGUAAACGAUUUCAUUUUUCACUGGACUAUACUACUACAUUUGUCAGGACUUGUGUUCUAGCUUUUUGAUUGUAUCCACUUAAUGAUUUCUCAGCAUGAACAACUAAUCUUUUCACUACUUCUCCAACAUGUGGCAGAUGCACUAAAAACAAAAGGAGAUGAUUUACAUAGCCUUCCUGCCAAGUUCCUUAACUAAUGUUUGAGAUAUGUGAUCAUCAUGCAAUGCUGGGCAGUAAAUUUUUAGCACUUCUUUGCAAAGAGUCCCUGUUCUGUUAAAAGAGAAAGUGAAAUAUUAUUGUAAUUAUUACUGUGAACAAUUUGUGAUGACAUAGUGCAGAGCUGUUUUUUUUUUCCCUCCUAUGAUUGAUUCAUUAGCAAUUUGAAAACGUUAAGCCUGUGUUUGAAGUCAAAUUUUCAAACAGAUGUAAAUUCAUCCAUGAAAAUUAAAAGUGCUUUCUAAGAUUUAUGCAGACUCAUGUGAAUGAUGGACAACGCUGCAUUUAGGAGCUAAAGACCAUCCGCUUAUCAUAAAGGGGAUCAGAAGACUUUGACACAACUGAUGAUUUCUACCUGCAGUUUAAUUGGCAGUAUUACACGUCAGAGAAAUGUAUCAAUGAAGGCAACUUUUGUUGCUGAGAAAGAGCUGAAAUGAACUAUAUUUCUUACUUCAUUUCUUUAAUGUAGUAAUAUUUUACACUGUCAAGUGUUGAAAAAUUCCAGUUCAAUAUAUUAAAUGCAUUUGUUUUAACUGUAAACUUUAUAGUAAGACCAUGAAGUAUACUGUUUCACAGAUACCAACAAAAUACAUUGUAUUUUGUACAUUUAAUACUGAGAUAUUUUUAAAUGAUAGAAGUAAAUACUUAUGGUUGUAAAGUAUAAAAUAUUUCAGUGUUUUCAAAAUUACACAGAUGAAUUAAUGUUUUCUCAGUGAAUUUCCAGAUAUUUGCCCGUCUGAUCAGAGAUAAAACUGAACUUAAAACACAGAAACUGCUAAAAUUCAGUAUGUUUCCAGUGGAAAACUGUUGUCUUCGGCAAAAGACUGUCUUGCUUUUCUUUUUUUUUCCUCCAGCACUUUCGUAACUAAGUAACAAGUAGUCCAUGCAUUGUAGUUGUAAUAUCUCUUAUCCCUCUACAACGAUCAUUUAGGUUUGUCUGGCAUUUG